AUGGCAUUUAGCUUUAUUUCAGAGUUGUGGAACAAAUGGAACAUCCGAGGCUCCGUCCUGUCGAGCCUCUCGCUUCGAGUCUUUCUCAUUCUAUUUGCAUCCCUCGGGAAGAAAAUAGCGAACCGACGCAUAGUUUUCCUCUUGUGGUUGGCCUACUGGAUGGCUGACUCAGUAGUUGUAUACGGGAUUGGGCUCAUUCCUCAUAACCAAGGCAAUUCGUGCGCUCAUGUGGCUGAAGUAGAUAUAUCACUACAGGCAUUGUGGGCAUCAUUUCUCUUGCUACAUCUUGGCGGUCCGGACACCAUCACUGCCUUUUCUUUGGAAGACAAUUCACUUUGGGGGCGGCACCUUCUCGGUCUCAUCUUCCAAGUUGGUGCCGUCGUCCAUCUCUUUGUGCAAAUAUUUCCGAGCGACGUGUCGCUAGUGAUCCCAACGAUACCGGUGUUUCUUGCUGGGGUCAUAAAAAACGCGGAGAGGAUACUGUCACUUCAUCUCUUGAGCCUCUCGAGACUCAAGGAAUCAAUUCUCCAACGGCUUGAAAUAUCAUGGUUUCCAUAUUUGGAGAUGGAGGAAGAACUCAAUGCAUUAAGGGUUCGACAUUCUCAUGAAGAAGAAGCAACGCUUGCAGAGAGCAUUGUGGUAAAGCAUGCUUAUUUCUUCUUUCAAAUAUUUCAGGUCUUCAUCGGGGAUCUCAUGUUCAAAGAUUAUAAGCGCAAAAUAAGUCAAAAUUAUUUCCGCAAGGUUUCUGCGAUCAAUGCAUUGAGAGUGAUAUCAGUCGAACUCAAUUUUAUGUACGAGGUGCUUCACACGAAAGCACUAGUAAUACGUUCCAAGUGGAGCUACAUUUUCCGCUGCGUAGCCUUCACCGACCUUGCCCUAGCUUUGGUAUUAUUCAAUCGCUUGAAGAAGCAUGGGAUCCCUAAACUUGACGUGGAUAUUACUUAUUCCCUUAUUUUUGGAGGGAUGGCUCUUGAUAUGAUAGCUCUAUUCAUGCUCAUUUUCUCCGAAUGGACUGUUGCCGGAAUCAAGUGGUACAACAUAGGAUCGACCCCAAUAGAUUCAUUUUUCCCCAAGUUGUUGUCCACCAUGGAUAACCUGAGGAAGCCCCAAUCCGCCAAAUGCAAAGCAGAGCCUAACGACAACCCUAUGUAUGAUGUCUUAGAUACACCAUUCAUAUUUCAAAGGUGGUCAGAAUCCAUCUCUGCUUGCAACCUUUUAUCCGAAUUCUUGAAGGAGAGUUCGAGAAAGUUGCAUAAGCAUGAUUAG